AUGUACAACCCAAACAUGGGAAUGGGCCAGUACCCACAACGAAUGGCUCCUCAAUCACACAUGAUGACUCAGUAAGCUUUGGAUUUUUUUAAAACACGUUUUUUAUAACAGUGGAGCUAAAGCGACCCCAAUGGUACUAAGAGUUUCAAAAUGCUUUAGAUUAGCUCAGACUUCAAUGUUUAAAAAUUGCCUAGGUAGAUGAAAAGAACAUUAAAAUUUGAGCAGAUAUUUAAAGCAAUUAAAUAAAUUCUCAGUGCCCACCGGUCCGACCAUUAUACGAAACUUUUCAAAAUUAUGUGUUUAGAGAACAACAUGCCCAAAUGAUGCACCACCAACAGAUGUUGGCACAACCACAGCAUAUGAUGGCACAGAACCAGUACCAGAGGCCUCCUAUGGUACCACCAAACCAACAAACGCCUCCACAAGAAACUCAGAAACCAAAGAAGCCUAUAUUCGACCGGGUGAAGGCACUGAUACCUCCCCCGUUACCAUUUGAAAUACUAGACAAGACAGGAGACAUGAGUAUAACCGAAUUGUGUAUCCAAGGAAGGGAAAUUGUGAAUGAAUUGUCCAUCAGAUUCAUGAAUGUGAUCACAUCUCUCAAAAUGGACAGAAAGAACGCAGUUGUUGAUAUUGAAGCUACUUUGGUUUACAUUCGUUUCCUCUUCAAAAAGCUGCUGGAGAUUAGGAUUCGUAUUGAUAGAUCACGGAUAAACAAGCCACGGGUAACGGAAGAACAAUUUUUGGAUUACAUUACCGAGCCAGGCGAAGUAGCAUCAGACCCAGAAGUUAUUGAGAGGAGAAAUCAAGUUUCUGCGAUGGCUGACAAAAACAGAAUCGCUUUGGUUAGCAAAAGCAACAAAAUUAAGAAAAUCGAGUAUUUAGCAGCAGUCUUAGACCCACAGUUCCAAAACAUAUAG